CACAAAUGAAUAAUCAGCAUAUGCGUGCAAAACGGAGAGGACAACGCAGGAGCAGCUGCAACAUUACGUAAUGUUUUGCAAGCAGCAUCCUGAGUUGCAACGGGGGAAGCUAACUCCGACCAACCCUCAAGGGCUGCAUAUACUUUGGUCGGAGUUAGCAGAUAAUUUAAAUGCCUUAAGAGGCCCAACUCGGUCGGCAGCCAAGUGGAAGGAGUCAUUAAUGCAUUGGAAACACCAGUUGCGAUCGCGAGCGCGCAAACUUAAGACCCAUGCGCAAGCGACUGGUGGAGGCCCUCCGAUAAGUGGAAUGACUCCAUUCGAGGAGCAAGCCAUAACCACAUUUGGGGCAGCAGCGGUGGAUGGAUUGCCGGGUGUUGCGACUUUGGGUCAUCAGGUUUUGCCGUUGUAUAUAAAUACACAAGCUCCAGCUUCCUCGCCAACACCAACAUCGCCUGCUCCAGUACCCUGCUCCAGCACCUUCACUCACAAUGUAAAAAAUGAAAUAAGAAUGUAAAAAAUGAAAUAAG